UGGCGACAUUUCGCAUAGGCGGCCAUCUUGAAUGAGCGUGCGCCUAUGUAAGGUUACAUAGCAGACGUUCAGUUCUCAGAUGGUUACAGCAUUAUAGACAAAUCAAUCGGAAGGGCAGCUUAGUCUAUUACGAUUUAUCUAUCAGAGCAAACAAGAUUGUGAUUCGAGUCUACAGCGCUUCAAUGCAUGUUCUAGGAAUCACGAACAUUAGUUGAGCGUUGAAAAACUCCUCGUUGAAUUAAGAGGCACUAAUUUGUCAAAUAGAAUAACCCAAUUAAAGGUAUUUCCGUGUGAAGUGCAUCGGAGGGUUGUUGACAGUGCUUGGCCCACCCCAUGUUGUCGGCAAUGUGUGGUUUCCGCCGUUCCUAGGUGUUCGAUCAUUAAAUCCAAACGCUACCGUCAGUUUGAAGAACGCAAGUAGAGGGUCGAUACAAGGCCUGCACUUUAUGAAGAAGCGUUAAACCGAAACGCGCUCCAGAGUAACAUUUUAGUAAUAAGUCAAGCGACGAAAAUAAGGGCGCAGUUAGCUGCGACUGUGGUAAAUAAAAACAAAUAGUAACUACAAUGGCAGACAACGAACAGAAGGCUAAACAGCUAUUAGCUGAAGCAGAGAAAAAACUCAAACCUGCAGGAUUUCUCUCAGGAAUGUUUGGGGGUGGGGCCCGUGUUGAGGAAGCAUGUGAAUUGUAUUGCCGAGCAGGUAAUACCUUCAAAAUGGCCAAGAAUUGGCCACAGGCAGGACACGCGUUUUGUGAGGCUGCUAAUCUUCAUCGAAAGAACAAUAACAGGCAUGAGGCUGGUUCAGCGUUCGUGGAUGCAUCGAAAUGCUACAAGAGCUGUGAGCCGACUCAGGCCAUAGACUGUCUUAAAAAGGCCGUUGAAAUCUAUACCGACAUGGGGCGCUUUAGCAUGGCAGCUAAACACCAUAUUAGUAUAGCCGAGCUAUACGAAAAUGAGCUCAACGAUAUCGAGAAGGCUAUCGGACAUUACGAGACAGCUGCCGAUUACUACAAAAGCGAGGAAAGCAACUCGGCAGCAAACAAAUGCCUGCUACAGGUGGCUAAAUACGCAGCUCAGCUGGAGAAGUUUGAACGGGCUAUUGAAAUCUACGAGCAGGUCGCAUCCAGCUGUAUCGACUCAUCGCUACUGAAGUACUCGGCUAAAGAAUAUUUCUUCCGUGCCACACUGUGUCAUCUUGCCAUUGAUGUAUUGAACGCAACUCACGCGCUUAAUAAAUACGACGAGAUGUAUCCGAGCUUUGCAGACUCACGUGAAUACAAAUUUUCCAAGACGUUGAUAAAGGCUGUGGAGGACGAGGACGUGGAAGCAUUCACGGCAGCAGUCACUGAGUACGACGCGAUCUCUCGGUUGGACAAGUGGUACACGACAUUACUAUUGCACAUCAAGAAGGGUCUGCAGUCAGAGCCUUGUCUCCUUUAGAUAUCUUUGUUUAAACACUGAAGUUCCCAUUGACCGCUUCCUCAGAGCAAAACUAUAGGUACAUCAUAAAAGCUACGUAAAAGAAAGGCCGCGCUAACCGUCAGCUCGAUAAAAAACAAUUUGGUUAGCGUUUGCUUAAGAGGCUUACAACACUUCGUGCUGGAUUAUGGCUAUCGCAGUUAAUAUUAAUCUUAUUAUAUAUUUUAAUUGUUUGUUGAAAGUGAAAAUGAUUCCUGAAUUGAAUAUUAAAGGAAUCCAUAAUCCGAUAUCACAAGCAA